AUGUCCUUCCAGAAUAUCAUCCGCCUGUCCCUGGACAGUCCUGCCCAUGCGGUUUGUGUGAUGGGCACAGAAAUCUGCUUGGAUCUCAGCGGGUGUGCCCCUGAGAAGUGCCAGUGCUUCACCAUCCGUGGCUCUGGGAGGGUCAUGAUCGACGUGGCCAACACAGUGAUUUCUGAGAAGGAGAGCGCCACUAUCUGGUGGCCCCUGUCUGAUGCCACCUACGCCACAGUGAAGAUGAUCUCGCCCAGUCCUUCCAUGGAUGGGGACAAGGUCUCGGUCAAGUACUAUGGGCUCAACGAGGAUGCACCUGUGGGCAAGGCUGUGCUGUAUCUCACUGGCAUUGAGGUCUCCCUAGAGGCAGACAUCUACCGCAAUGGGCAAGUUGAGGUGUCAAGAGACAAACAGGCUAAGAAAAAAUGGACCUGGGGUCCCAGUGGUUGGGGCGCCAUCCUGCUUGUGAAUUGCAACCUUGCUGAUGCAGGCCAGCAACUUGAGGACAAGACCAACAGAGUGAUCUUCUCAGAGGAAAUAAAGAAUCUGUCUCAGAUGACACUGAAGGUCCAAGGCCCCAGCUGCCUCUUAAAGAAAUAUCGGCUGGUCCUCCACACCUCCGAGGAAGAGUCGAAGAAGGCGAGAGUCUACUGGCCCCGAAAAGACAACUCCAGUACCUUUGAGUUGGUGCUGGGGCCCAGCCAGCAUGCCUACACCUUGGCCCUCCUCGGGGACCACUUGAAAGAGACCUUCUACCUCGAAGCUAUGGUGUUUCCGUCCGCUGAAUUCUCAGGCCUGAUCACCUACUCUGUAUCCCUGGUGGAGGAGUCUCAAGACCCAUUAAUUCCAGAGACUCCACUGUACAAAGACACGGUGGUGUUUCGGGUGGCCCCCUGCAUCUUCAUUCCCUGCACCCAGGUGCCUCUGGAGGUUUAUCUGUGCAGGGAGCUGCAGCUGCAGGGUUUUGUGGACACAGUGACGGAGCUGAGUGAGAAGAGCAACAGCCAGGUGGCCUCUGUCUAUGAGGACCCCAGCCGCCUGGGAAGGUGGCUCCAGGAUGAGAUGGCCUUCUGCUACACCCAGGCGCCCCACAAGACCACAUCCUUGAUCCUCGACACGCCUCGAGCCCCCAAUCUCGAUGAGUUCCCCAUGAAAUACUCACUGAGCCCCGGUAUUGGCUACAUGACCCACAACACUGAAGACCAUAAAGUGGCCAGCAUGGAUUCCAUCGGGAAUGUGAUGGUGUCCCCACCUGUCAAGGUCCAAGGGAAAGAAUACCCACUGGGAAGAAUCCUCAUGGGCAGCAGCUUUUACCCCAGCGUGGAGGGCCGGGCCAUGAGUAAGACCCUCCGAGACUUCCUCUAUGCCCAGCAGGUCCAAGCACCGGUGGAGCUCUACUCUGAUUGGCUAAUGACUGGCCACGUGGAUGAGUUCAUGUGCUUCAUCCCCACAGAUGAGAAGAGUGAGGGCAAAAAGGGCUUCCAGCUGCUCCUGGCCAGCCCCGGUGCCUGCUACAAACUCUUCCAAGAGAAACAGAAGGAAGGCUAUGGUGAUGCUUUUCUGUUUGACGGAGUUAGAGCAGAUCAGCUCCUGUCUAACAGAAGGGAAGCCAAAACCAUCGACCAACUUUUGGCUGAUGAAAGCCUGAGGAAGCAGAAUGAAUACGUGGAGAAGUGUAUUCAUCUGAACCACGACAUCCUGAAGACAGAGCUGGGCCUGGUGGAACAGGACAUCAUUGAGAUUCCCCAGCUGUUCUGCUUGGAGAAGCUGACCAAUGUUCCCUCUGAUCAGCAGCCCAAGAGGCUCUUCGCAAGGCCAUACUUCCCUAACCUGCUGCAGAUGAUUGUGAUGGGCAAGAACCUGGGGAUCCCCAAGCCUUUUGGGCCCCAAAUCAAGGGUACCUGCUGCCUGGAAGAAAAGAUACGCUUCUUGCUAGAGCCCCUGGGCUUCAAGUGCACCUUCAUCAGUGACUUCGACUGCUACCUGGCAGAUGUGGGAGACAUCUGUGCCUGCGCCACCGUCCGCCGGGUGCCUUUUGCCUUCAAAUGGUGGAAGAUGGUGCCUUAGAUCCGGGCCCUGGAGUUACCAGCUCUGCCCCAGCAUGGAUGGCCCAUGUCACCAUGCAGCAGCAAGGCUCCUUGCCAAGUAGAGGAGGCUGGAGAGUCAAGGCAACACAACCCUUUCCUCCCCGUCCACCCUGACCC